AUGAGUGAAAAGGAACCUGAUCAAAAGAGUGAAAAAGGUCUCGAAGAAGAAGAAGAAGAAGACGAUGAUGAAUAUAAACCAGAUGAUGUAAAAACAGAUGAAGGCAGUGAGAAUGAAUCGGAGAAUGAUGAUGAAUCUCAACCAGAAUCAGACAAAAAUAAUGAUCAUAAACUCUCGUCAACACGAAGUACCCGUCGAAAUAUUAUUAAUCACAAUAAACAAUUUGAUAGUGAUCAAAUUUCAACUAUAUAUGAUGAAUCGAAAGCUGAUUUAUUAUGGAAAAAUUUUAAAUCAUCAUCGUCAGUAACUACUGUAAUAACAAAUACCCCACCCAAAACUACAUCUGCCACUGCAGUUCCAACAGAAACAACAAAAAUCUACGAAUUUGCUGGUGAAACCGUUGUGCUUCCGUCGAUUCAACCAUCAAUGUCGACAACCAUUUCUUCUACUCCAAUUACUACUAAUUCUUCUAAACCAUUACCAACGACACUAAAACGUCCGAGUGGUGGAAGUAUUGGUGCAAAUGCUUUACUUGAUCAUUUGGGUAUAAAUAAAAAACAAAAGUUAUCAACAUUAGAAAAAACGCGUCUUGAUUGGAAUCAACAUAAGUCAAAUGAAUCAUUGACAGAUGAAUUAAAUUUACAUCGACGUGGAAAAAAUUCAUAUGUUGAAAAAGUGGCAUUUUUACAACGUGCUGAUACACUUGAAUAUGAACAUCAACGAUUAAAUUUUAAAAAGAAAUGA